UCAUUACAUGGCAUGUGGACUAAUAUGCGAUUGUGUGACUUGUGUCGAAUAGCGUGCCUGGCGAGUCUAUUCUCCGUCAUAAGCGCAGCUACACAAAUUUACCUGAGCGGUGGUCGUGGUCCGUACGAGGGCACAGUUCACGUGCGCCAUAACAACCAAUGGGGCACGAUAUGUGACGACAACUUCGACAACAACGAUGCGCUCGUCGUCUGCCGCAUGCUCGGAUACUUCGAUGGUGGUCAUGCGUUCAGCUCGGGGCAUUUUGGGCAGGGCUCCGGUCCCACGUGGAUAGACGAGCUGCGCUGCACGGGGCGGGAAGCGGAUGUGGAGGAUUGCACGAGAAACGUGUGGGGGACCGAGGAUUGUGAUCACAGCGAGGAUGCCGGAGUCAGCUGUGUGGUCACGAAGAUGCGGCUUGUCGGGGGCCGGGGCAACUACGAGGGGGUCCUGGACGUGUUUGAUGGUCAGAGCGGCGGCUGGGGCACCGUCUGUGACCACCAUUUUACCGACACCGACGCAACUGUCGUCUGUCGGAUUCUUGGCUUUAAGACGGGGAUUGCAGUGCCGGGGUCCAAAUACGCUCAGCUUAACUACGGAAGUAUAUGGACUGACAGGCUCGGCUGUCAAGGAAACGAGGCAAGCAUCCGGUUGUGUCCGAACGCUACAGCUACGUGGGGUCAACACGUCACUUCCGCCUGUAACCACUCAACCGACGCCGGCGUCAUAUGUGACCACACGCCUGCACGACUGGUGGGUGGGGCGCUGCCGUCCGAGGGCCGCCUGGAGGUGGAGCACCGGGGCGUAUGGGGGUCCGUCUGCUCUGCAAACUUCCAACCACAGGACGCUGACGUGUUCUGUCACAUGAUGGGUUUUAACAGCAGUGGAGCGAGGGUGACGUCAAACUACGGGGGCGGGUCGGGUCCGAUCUGGUUGAAUAAUGUCGGUUGCUAUGGCAACGAGUCGGACGUCAUCUUUUGUCCCCAUGUCGACUGGGACAAUACCACAUGUAACCAUGACAACGAUGUGGAGAUCUCAUGCCACCCAAGCGAGGUGAGGUUGAGUGGCGGUACGGGGCCGUGGGAGGGGACGCUGGAGAUGCGCGUGGACGGCCGUUGGCGUACCGUCUGUGAUUCUGCCUUCUCGGACGCGACCGCUACUGUCGUCUGUCGAAUGCUCGGAUACACGGGCAGGAGCGCACCGCACCAGAUUUACUAUAAGGACUUCUUCGGUCACUCGAGCUCGGGCUACUUGGAGCGUCUCACGUGCCGCGGGGACGAGAAUGACGUCAUCCAGUGUACACCCGUCUUCACGUCAUCGUGCCCGUCCUCCCAGACCGUUGGCCUAAGAUGUGAGGGAGUACAGUUACGUCUGUCAGGCGGCGGCCACAGCACAGAGGGGCGGGUGGAAGUUCUGCAUGGCGGCCGUUGGGGCUCCGUCUGUGACAACGGAUGGGACGAUGCGGACGCCACCACCGUCUGCCGCAUGCUUACACAGUUCCCUUUCGAGACUGAUGUGACUGGACGUGCCGUGAUGGGCAGCUACUUCGGGCAGGGUGACGGCCCCGUGUGGAUGACUGACGUACACUGCACCGGAAACAGCAGUGACGUCACUGAAUGCGUAACAACCUGGCAGGGCGGCGUUAAUUGUGAUCACUCAAAGGACGCCGGUGUCGUCUGUAAAUUUUCGAAUAGAACUAAGCGGCUCACGGGUGGGAGCGGGGAGUCGGACGGAUUGCUUGAAGUGAUGGAAGCCGGAAACUGGGUGGACUACUGUGACGAAGGAUUCGACGCCAGUGACGCCGCGGUUGUCUGUCGCGAACUCGGAUACUGGUUGGCGUCCGCAUCUGUUUACAACAGCAGUCAUCUUGGGCGCCGAAGCUAUGGUGGGUACUCGGGUGGUAGCGGUGGUGUUUCUGGAGAAAUAUCUUCCGUUGGCGCUAUCAGCCCUGCUACUCGGACCGCUCAAUUAUUGAGGCCGGAGUGUCAGGGUGGCGAGGGGAACAUUGAGAUGUGCAACGCCGGCACGCGCUUUCACUCGAGUGUCUGCAGCUCCAUUCACGCCGUCGGCAUUGACUGUAACCCACAGGAUGCAAGUCUACGAGAGGUGCGGUUGGUUGACGGGCCAGGUCCAUGGCGGGGCCGCCUGGAGCUGCGCACAGGAAAUGGCAGAUGGGGCAGCCUCUGCUGGGACCACUGGGAGCCAGCCACAGCAGCCGUCGUCUGUCAGACACUCAGAUAUGAAUCAGUGAACGCCAGUAGCUUCCCAGCCUUGCACGGCCUGACGUCCAUGAUCGGCCGCUCGCUCACGUGCAACACUUCCGCCACCAAUCUGGGUCACUGCCGCCUCGACUAUGACGUCUCCGCCUGCAGCGUUAACCAUGCCGACGCCGUCGGGGUUGAUUGUUCAGGUGGACUGUCUGUUACUAUUGGAGACAACAGGACAUGGAGCGGUGAGGUAACAUUCCACACCGGAAAUGGCUCCCGCUGGUCCGUUUGUACUUCUGGUCUUGACCAGAAUUCCGCGGCCGUCGUAUGCACCAUGGCCGGAUUCCCUAACACGCGACCAGUCGUAAGCAGCGUGGCGAGCCAGGUUCCAGUGCUGUACAGUAACGUGGCUUGUGAUGGCUGGGAGGGGCAUGUCAGCCAAUGUUCCACGCUAAAUACACGUGCCGGAUGUGACGAAAAGGCGGCACUCGACUGCUUCCACGGCUGCGUCCACUAUCUCAACGGCAUGAGCGGAAAUGUGACGUCACCAAGCUAUCCGGGCUACCCUGACGACAGCGACUGCCUCUACGUCAUCACUAACGCCGGCCAUCAGCCAAUCAAACUCGCCUUCAGUGAACUUGCCCUUUCCGGAGAUGGAGACUCUGUUGAGGUAACCACAGGCGUGGGCGGACACCAACUGGGAUACUUCACUGGAAACCAGAGGGUUCCCCACUUUCUUGCCACGGACGGACCCAUGUACAUACGCUUCCGGUCCAAUCAGAAUGGCACGGCACAAGGCUUCCGGGCAGAGUACUCGCCCCUGCGUCUGGAGGACACCCUGACGCUGGGUUGCGGCCCCAGUGGUUGGGACGUGGCUGUGAACACCUCCCUGCUGCGCGUCCUCCACACUGACACUGGCGUCUCCCAGGUGAAGCUCACCGACCAGUUCUGUACCGGAAUUAUGGACGGCGACCUUAUCCGUUUCCGGCAGCACUACACCGAGUGUCACACCGUGUCAAAGACGACCCCCGACAACAUCGUGUAUCAUAAUGAGCUGGUGUACCCGGAAGCCGCCUCGCCUUUCCCGAUCAUCGUGCAUGGGUAUCGCUGGAAGGUGUCGCUGGAUUGCGCGGUAAGACGGACGGACACCCUAGCCGCUAACUUUCACCCGAACCAGUCCGUGGUCUCCGCCGCCCCUCAUGUGACCGGAAGUGCUCACUACCAGUCCCAAGUGCGUUUUUUCACGGACGGAACCUUCUACAAGCAGAUCACGGGAAAUCCGGUCAUCCUCAAAACAGGAGAAGACGUGUACGUCCAGGUGGCCGUCAACACAGACGAUACCCACAUCAAAAUGCGGUUGGACACGUGCUACGCGCGACCCGACCCCUCCGCUCGGCCCGAUCUCACAUACACGCUCAUAAAAAACGGGUGCGUGUCUGACCCCUACACCCACAUCCUGUCGCAGGGCACGCACGAGACCCGGUUUGUUUUCAACGCCUUCGAGUUUCCACAAAGCCACGAUUCCGUUUACGUUUACUGCAACACGACGUUUUGUGACACGGCAGACUCAAGCGUCCGAUGCACCCAGACGUGUCUCUCGGGCCCGUCCAUCGUGGGGCGCGGCCUCGCUUCCGCUGCCAAUGCCCGGACAAUCAACAACCGUCGCGUGCUCUUAUAUAUUGAAGAACAAUAA